AGACUUUUUACGAUUUUUUUUUUUACAGUGCGCCUCUCUAUUUUUCUGCCAAAGACAUCCUAUCAAGAAGUGGAGUUUUUUAUUAUUAUUGCUGUUGUUUUUUUAAAAGCAUUUUUGGCUGAAUGUUCAAUUUAAUGGUCAAUCUAUUUUUGUCCUCGACGAUGGGAAAAUUGUUUUUUAAGCAAGAGGCAAGAAGGACACAAGACAUAAAAAUCUUCUUCCCACAUGUGCAGCACCGUGAGACAGUUUUAUUUAUACAGCACAUUUCAUCACAGCUAAACUCAGUCUGCUUUAUAUUAAGAUGCAUACAGCAACAAGUGACACAAGGAUAUAUAUAUUAAAUAAAAUACAAGAACAAACAACUUGUCAUAAAGUCUGUUAACAGUCAUGUCCAAUUAAAACAAUUUUCCAGCAGCAGAAGCAACAACAGACAGCGUCAAAUCACAUCCUGUUUGUCUUUGACUCACAACAGACACCAGUGACACCUGUUCGCUCUCAUCAUUUUCAAGCAGGCAAAAUGCUUAAUUAUAUCUCUACAUGCGCUGUAAGCAUUUUGAAUACAUGUGUUUUCUCACUUCUACUAUAAAAGACAGAACUAUGACCUAAUUAUUUGAUUUAUCGUUUGUUUAAUGGUCAGUGCAAAUACAAAUACUGUUUACAUUACAUGUAACAUUAACAUCAUGUGUAGUUUUUGUAGGCUGAAGUAAUUUGUAAGCCUUGUUACUCUGCGAUCUUUCCUUGCCUAAAGCUGCAAUCACGCCAUCAGACAUCUGAGGAUGAGGGGGGAUUUCUCUUUCUCUCUUUUUUUCCUCAAUUUUAAGGAUUCUUUUAUGUGGGUUUUUCUCUUAGAGGGCUUCAGCCAGAUCAGGAAGCAUUAGCUGUUGUGGGCCUGUAAAGACUAUUUAAAGCCCCUCUCCACUCAAAAAUGUGGUUUUUCUUCUUGUUACUUCACUUGGAUGUUUGAGCUUCGCUGUGCAGAAUUAUUUUUCUUAUUUAGAGUUUGACUCUGGAGGACUGUUUCACGUCCAUCAGCUGAAGAGGGAAAGUUUCUCUGUACUCGCCGUGUAUCUGAGUUAAAGGCCUACGAGCAUGAUAUGUGACAUCGCAGUUUGGAUCCAGUCAUGAUACAAUAUGCAACUUACACAAAGGUAAACCAGCCCAAAUGAGACCCUGCUGACUCUGAUUGGUCUGGAUCUGACCUUACUGUGCCUACCUGUGGUGUUUACCUGUGUUGAGUGCUUCUAAUCCAGUUGAUAAAGGAUUUCUAUGCUGUAAACGCUCUUGGGGACAAAGGAUGAAUUCUGAUUCUGGAGUGAAAAGGUGAGAAGGUUUUACCUCUGUCAAGAUGAAACAGUCUGAUACAUCAUCAUACUCAGAGGAAGUGAAGGAGAAAUGCAACAGAAGAAGACCUUCUUCAGCAGACACAUAAUACUGAAGGUGAAGGAUCUCGGUUAAAUGAGAUGACUGCAGGCUAUCAGUCACUCCUUCAGGCAGGUUGGCUACACUUCAAAAAGUAUCCAUCAGAUCAAGUUAUUUGGUGUUAUUUUGAAUAUUUUAAAAUAUACAUAUAUAUGUGCACAAAAGUGAUUUAACAUAGUUGCACUUGUUUCCACACCAGUGUCAAUUUCUUGUUUUGUUCCUCAAAAACAGGUGUACUGAAUAUAGUCAAAACAAUAGAGAACAAUGUACAUGGCUAUAAAUAAAUGUUAAAAAUAACAUCAAGUGAAUUCAUUCAACCAAUUUGGCAAAUUAUUACUUUUAACUGAAGAAAAAUAAGAUGCUGAACCUCAUCAUUGCUAACCAAAUUACAUGUCAAAUGGUUAUUUUUUUGCAGUGGAGCAUCAGCCCCUGCAGCUACAGCGACCCAGCCGGCUGCCCGGUCCGCUCUCCUCCCUGCUGCCAUGGCCGCGGAGGCUGCCAGUCGGGAUGAUGCGUCCCCCGGACUCGCAGACUGCACCGAGAUGGAGGAGCGGCUGACGGAGGGGACCAUGACGGCUGAUUUGGAGGCUCCUCUGCCUGCUGGACAGGAGGAUUCUGCGAUCCGGUGUCAAGAUGUGUGCCGGUCGUACGGCAAACUGAAGGUCCUCAGCGACCUCAACCUGACUGUACCGCAGGGACACAUUUACGGCCUUUUGGGCCCCAGCGGAUGUGGGAAGACCACGCUGCUGAAAUGCAUUGUGGGAACUCUGAAAAUCUCAAAGGGUCACAUCACCGUGUUGGGGAAGCCCCCUGCAUUUCCCGGUCAUGAUGUCCCAGGGAAGAAGGUCGGGUACAUGCCGCAGGAGCUGGCGCUGUACAACGAGUUCACCAUCAGCGACUCGCUGACCUUCUUCGGACGAAUCCACGGCCUGACGUCGAAGGAAACGCAGGCGCGGAUGGACUUCCUCAUUGACUUCCUGGAUCUACCUCAGAAGCACAGCCUGGUCCGAAAUCUCAGUGGGGGUCAGAAGCGCAGGGUGUCUCUUGGAGCGGCUCUUCUUCAGAAUCCAGAGCUGCUCAUUCUGGACGAACCAACAGUAGGAGUCGACCCUGUGCUCAGGGCAAAGAUUUGGCAGCAUCUGGUGGAGAUUGUGAAGACGGGGAAAGUCUCCGUCAUCAUCACCACGCACUACAUAGAGGAGGCCAGGCAAGCCAAUGUGGUCGGUCUCAUGCGGAACGGCCGCUUGCUGGCUGAAGGUCCUCCAGACGACGUCAUGAAGCAGCACAGUGCAACAACCUUGGAGCAUGCCUUCCUGCAGCUGUGUGAGACGUCAGACCAGAUCGGCUCUAAACAGGGGUCCAGUCCGCAGGGAGCGUUGGAGAACAGCCAAUCAUUCGAGAGCGGGCGCGAUGAGAGUCGGCCGAUUCUGGGAAGCGGAGCAAGAACUGCAGAAGAAUUCCCCAAAUAUUCAGCGGACUGGAAGGUGCGAGCCAGACAUUUGCUGCCGAAGUGGAGAAACAUCGCCGCCCUGAUGAUCAAAACCAUGGUGCGGAUGAAGAGAAUGCCGGGCUCGUUGUGUUUCCAGUUCUUGCUGCCCGUCAUCCAGAUCUCUCUGAUCUGUUUGUGUGUCGGAGGAGACCCAAAGGGGAUCGAGGUUGCCGUGGUGAACAACGAAACCUCCCCCUCCGCUUAUAGCUACUCGCUGCUCUCCUUCUUGGACAACACCAGUGUGCACCAGGUGCCCUUGUCUCACACAGAUGCUUUUAAUGGGAUCUAUAAUGGCGAGUACUGGGGUGUCAUCAGCUUUGGCAAGAACUUCACCAGCUAUCUGACAAAAAGGAUGAUCCAGCGGCAGGUUUCUAGAGAUGUGAUUGAUGGAGGAUCAGUACACGUCUGGCUGGACCUGACAAAUCGACAAAUUGCCUUCAUGCUGCAGAAGAAACUACACGAGGCCUUUCAGGCUUUUGUGGAUAAUAAGUUGGGCAGUAUGUCCUACCUGGUCGCCAUGCCGAUAAAGUUUGAAGAGCCGAUUUAUGGCAGCCUGAAUACAGACUUCACUACGUUUGUUACACCUGGAGCUGUGCUCAGUAUCACCUUCUACCUGGCCGUGGGUCUGACGGCCCUCUCCUUUGUCCUGGAGAGGAAGGAGGGGCUUCUGGACAGAUGCUGGGUCGCAGGUGUGAGCUCCAUGGAGACGAUGCUGGCUCACCUCUUCUCUCAGCUGUUUGUCAUCAGCGUUCAGAUCAUCCUGCUGCUCCUCUUCAUACUGCUCGUCUUCAAGAUGCCUAACGAAGGCUCCUUGGUGCUGGUCAUAAUUCUGAUCGUGCUGCAGGGCAUCACUGGCAUCUCCUUCGGCCUGGUCAUCUCAGCCGCCAUCGAUGACGAGCAGAGCGCCAAUCAGGCUGCCCUGGGCAUCUUCUACCCCAACCUCAUCAUCAGCGGUAUCAUCUGGCCGGUGGAGUGUAUCCCCUAUCCACUCCGCUACAUCAGUCUGGCACUUCCUCAGACGUACGCCUCCGAAGCUCUUCGCUGUAUCAUGUACAGAGGUUGGGGUCUGUCUCGGAUGAUGGUGUGGCGAGGCUUCGCGGUCACUCUGGGCUGGAACACUUUCUUCCUCAUCCUGGCCACGGUCAUCUUAAAGCUGAGGACGUGACAGCCUCGUCUCAGAGACCAUCAUCUUCCAGUACGGGGCCGAGCCGUCAGGUGAAGCCCAGGAGCCAACCGCUGACCUGGGCCUCCUGUCUGUGGAUGCACCGGGGCAGCAGAGAGCAGGAGGGGAACGGACUGAUGCAUCAGUCUCGCUCCUCCAGGUUAUCUGUCUCUCUCUCACACACACACACAAACACACACAGACACACUCCUGAAGUUCCCAGCCAGCUGCCUGAUCCUGCAACAGUUGCGUUGGCCUGUUCGAGCGCGGGUGAACUUUCAAAACGCUGCACAUAGAAGCACACAAGACAGAAUAUACACAAGCACAUAUGAGAAUAUUUGCUAAAUUGUGUGUUUCACUUCUAUCUGCAGCUUGUUGAAACUCUUUACCCCCCCCCAGAAUGGGCCUUGCACCAACUCAGGGUCGCUUUUUUAUUUCUGUUUAAAGUCUAGUCUUAAUGCUAAUAGAGAGAUAUUUCUAUGAUACACUAUAUUUCAAAGUAGGUGAGGCCUAAGAAGUCCAUUUUGGAAAAAAAGAGGAAAAAAAUGGUGAUGAAUAUACUGACUAUAACUGUAGGGCAUUGGUUUUGUCUGUGCAGUAUUUUAUUGUCUACCUUAUAUUUGCAUUAUAGAUUAAAUGUAUGUAAAUGUUCUGUAAAAUUGACAGUGUCCGAAAAACAGUCUCAGCACAAAAAAAGUGUUUUUAAAAACAAGAAAAUGUGAAAACUUUUUAUUUUUUUUCCGGUUGCUUUACAAGCAGAAAAAUCGAGGAGAGAAUUGUCGUUGUUGCAAUAUGUCGUGGGAAUCCAAAGCAGACUUUUAGGUGCUGAUCGCUUCACUCUGUCCAGGAAAUCAUCACUCAUUCAGGCUUCCCACAGCAACAGUUUCUUCUCUAGUUUGCUCUAGUUUUCCUGUCAGGUGCGUGACAGGAAGUGGUAACCGUGUCUCGUCUCGGAGGGUUACCAGGUGCUCAAUCGCAAACCGCCGUUUAGAAGUGCGUCAUUGUCGUGCUUAGUUCAGCUUGCUGAUAUUCUCCGCUACUUGUGUUUUGUGCCUGCAUCUCCUGUGGGAGGAAAAAAAAGUGGGGGUUUCAUGUUGGUGAUGGAAAGUUUUCAUUCUGUAUAAUUUUUUUUUUUUUUGAAUAUUCUCCACUUUGCUGGACAGAGUGGAGGCCGUCAGAUAGAUUCUUCCCACAGGUCAGGUGCAUCAUGCUCGUCAAGCCGUCUGCAUCCAUAUGAAAUAUAUUUUUACGCAAACAAACUGUUCAUACUUUAUAUUUUGUUUAUGAAUCUUUCACUAACAAUAACACAGAAUCAAAAAAGCACAGGGGAAUAAUGCUGUUUUAGAUUCAAUAUGUCUUGGAGAUGUGCCUUUGGGAUGUUGUGGUGUCACUGUGGGAAAAGGGAAGAAAAAUUCAAGCAAAAUCCAAAAAAUGAGGAAAAUAUUAUUGGAUUUUAUUUUGUUUUUUAAAUGCAACACAACUGUUUAGGUAAGCUAGUCUUUGUAUUAAGACUUAGAUUGUGGGAUGCAAACAAAAUACGUACAUGGGAAAAUGAUGGAUGAUAAGAUUGUAAUGGCUAAUUGCUAAGAAAAAGUAACCUGUUACUAUAAAAAAAAUAACUGUAGUCUGAUUUAAACAUGUUAUUCCCAAAAUUACAUUCACUCUCCUCGAUGAAGACAGGACAUAUUGAUCUCUAAACCAGCAAGCUUUCUGACUUGCCUUUAAAGCAAUGGUUCGACAUUUAUGGAGAAGAGGCUCAUUUGCUUUCUUGCCAAGAGUUAGACGAGAAGAUCAAUACCACUUUCAUAAUAAGUACACUAAAUACUUAGUUUAGCAUAAAGACUUGAAACGGGGGAA